CUUAUCUAUUAUUUGUCAAUGGCUUGUCAUUCAUCUGUCUCAAUUUUUCCUAUAUUCACUUUCACAAAAGAGCCAUCUAGAGCUCCCUUCCUCCUCGGAUUAAGAAAAAAUGGCAGUUUUAGUGGCAAAGUAAGAUGUAUAGCCAGUCAACGCAUUGCUAAUGAAAAUAUUGUGAGACGAUCUGCAAAUUACCAUCGUCCCAUUUGGGAUUAUGAUUUUGUCCAAUCACUCACCAGUGAAUUUAAGGGAGAGAUGUGUACGAAACGGAUUAACAAGCUGAAGGAAGAAGUGAGGGUUAUGCUUAACCAACCCAUCAAUACUUUGGACAAGCUUGAAUUAAUCGAUACUUUGCAGAGACUUGGAUUAGCUUAUCACUUUGAAGAUGAAAUAAAGAGACAGUUGAUGGGCAUUUACAAUCGUAGAUGCGCUGACGUUUCAGGGACGGAGGGUUUACAUGCUAUAGCUCUUGAGUUUAGACUUCUAAGGCAACAUGGGUACACCAUAUCUAAAGAUUUCUUCAGUAAUUUCCUAGAUGAAAUGGGAAACUUCAAAAUUCAUCUUUGUGAGAGCUUAGAGGGAAUGCUAUCUUUGUACGAGGCAUCAUUCCUUUCAGAAGAAGACGAUAAUAUCUUACAUGUUGCAAGAGCUUUUACUACAAGUUACCUCAACAACUAUAUUAAGCAAAACAACAAUAACAAAUAUAUGUCCAUGUUAAUAACUCACGCACUGGAGCUUCCAUUGCAUUGGAGGCCGCCAAGGUUAGAGACUAGGUGGUUCAUUGAUGUGUACGAGAGAAAACUUGGCAUGAAUUCUCUUCUGCUGGAGCUUGCUAAAUUGGAUUUCAACUAUGUCCAGGCAAUACACCAAGAGGAUCUAAAAUCCACAUCACGCUGGUGGAAGAAUACAGGUUUCGGAGAAAAAUUGAGCUUUGCAAGAGACAGAAUAAUGGAGAAUUUCUUGUGGACUAUUGGAAUGACAUUUGAACCAGAGUUUGGAUAUUGUAGGAGAAUGUCUACAAAGGUCAAUGCACUCCUAACAACAAUUGAUGAUGUCUAUGAUGUGUAUGGCACCCUGGAUGAACUUGAAUUGUUCACUGAUGCUGUUGAAAGAUGGGAUGUCAAUGCAAUGAAGCAACUUCCAGACUAUAUGAAGAUAUGUUUCUUAGGUCUUCAAAACUCAAUAAAUGAAAUAGCUUUCGAUACCCUUAAGGAGCAAGGAUUUGACAUCAUUCCUUACUUGAAGAAAUCCUGGGCAGAUGUAUGUAAUGCUUACUUACUAGAAGCCAAGUGGUACAACAGCGGCUAUACACCAACUUUACAAGAAUAUCUUGAUAAUGCAUGGAUUUCUAUUGGAAAUUCCGUGGUGUUAAUACAUGGUUAUUUUGUCUCAAAAACUCCGAUAACAAACGAUGCUUUGAAAGCCUUAAAUGAAUAUCACAAUAUAAUUCGAUGCUCGUGUCUGAUUUUUAGACUUACAGAUGAUCUUGGAACAUCCUCGGAUGAAUUAAAAAGAGGUGAUGUUCCGAAAUCAAUUCAAUGUUACAUGCAUGAAACUGGAGCUUCAGAAGCAAGAGCCCGUGAGCACAUCCGAUAUUUAACUAGUGAAAUGUGGAAAACUAUGAAUAAAGAAUUACUUGUUGAUUCUCCAUUUUCAAAAACUUUUAUUCACAUUGCAAUUAACCAAGCUAGGAUGGCACAUUGCAUGUACCAACAUGGAGAUGGACAUGGAAUUGAAGAUCGUGAAACUAAGGAUCGUGUUUUAUCAUUACUUGUUCAACCUAUUCCAUAAACACCAAAUUUUCCACACUUGCCGUGAUUUCUUUUGUAUCCUUGGAAUUUUUAUAUGGGCUAUAACAUUAGUUAUGGACUAUUUUGAUUUGUGAAUCAAAUUGAAUAAAUAGAAUUUAAAGAUGUUUGACAGAAAGUGUUUAUGUGAUACUUGUAUGUAAU